UGAUCGAAGCGACUUCGAAAAGUGGAAGGCCGAUCAUGGUAUCGAACCAAUAAUUAUUGAAAGUCCUCCCAAAGAUUCCAAAAUCAACAAACCACCUUCUUAUUGGACUCAAAAAAUGGACCCACCCAUUGUAUCAGAACAAGUAAAUGACACUCCUUCUACCAUCAAUCAAGAAGCUACCGUUGAGCAGGAAAAUGACACUUCGGUUGACGCCAAUAUCAAUGAACAAGAAAAUUUCGACAAAGAAGUAGAAGAUCGUACAUCUCUUGACAAGGAAUGUGAAAUCGGAGAUGUUAAUGUUGAUGAUAGCGUGUCACAUCGAGAAAGUAGCUUCCCGCAGGAGGCAACUUUUGACAAAAAAUCGGAUUCCGGUUUCAAUCACUCUCUUAGGUCUAACAUUGAAAACAUUAAAGGGAAGGAGGUGGAAGUUAUCGAUCUUGUCGAUUCCGACUCUGAUGAUAUAUCCACAAAUAUAGCUGCUGCAAUGGAGGACGUUUCGAUCUUAAGAAAUCAGAGAGUUCAACAACAUUCCAACAAUAACCGAACUUCUGUCAACGAUGAUCAGUAUCUGGUGCUGAAUGGCCGAUAUG